GUGGGAAUUUAUUUGGCAUCUGAGGGAAGAAGAAAACCUUCUUUCUUGUAGAUCUUAUGUACCUCCUUUUUUUUAGAAAUAAAUAAAUAAAUUGGAUUUGAAAUUAUAGUUGUGGAGAUAUAUAACUGCAGUAGUAUUAAUAUAUCAUCUCUAACUAUGUAAUUUAUAUUGUAGUUUGUGAAGGAGAGUAAGUAAUAGGGACGAAGGAUGAGACUGGGUAGCACACUCUCAAGAAAGGAAUGACGCAACAGUGAAACCGAUAAGAUUCCAAUUUUGUUUGGUCACCGACCUCUCCAAGGAACGGCCUUGUCUUUUCUUUUUCUUUCCCUCUCCUACUUAAUUAUCGCUCUUCUCUUUCUUUCCUUCUCACUAACCGACCUCUUCUCCUUGUUUAAUUUUCAGUUUCAACUUCAAACUGAAUCUUACAUUCUGUAUGCCUGUAACUGUUGAUCAGAGUGAUUCAAACAUGGCAUUGUCUCCUCCUCCUGCUCCUCCUCCCCAUCUAACACUCCCACCAAAGUUCCAGGAACCACAACAGACUUUGGUUUUCGAUGCGUCCAUUCUUCAACAUCAAUCCAACAUACCUUCUCAGUUCGUUUGGCCUGACCAUGAGAAACCAUGCCUCGACUCUCCUCAGCUUGCAAUUCCUCCUAUUGACUUGGGUAGCUUCCUUUCUGGAGACCAUUUGGCUGUAUCAAAAGCUGUUGAGCUAGUUAAUGAGGCAUGCAAGAAGCAUGGGUUCUUUCUAGUUGUUAAUCAUGGCGUUGAUUCGCGUCUUAUAGCGAAAGCUCACGAGUAUAUGGAGAUGUUUUUUAGCAUGCCCAUGAUGGUGAAGCAACGAGCUCAAAGAAGGAUAGGGGAUCACUGUGGAUAUGCAAGUAGCUUCACUGGAAGGUUUUCCUCAAAACUUCCAUGGAAAGAAACGCUUUCUUUUCGAUAUUGUGAUGACAAUAAUUUCUCCAACAUUGUCCAAGAAUACUUCUCGAACGUUAUGGGAGAAGAGUUCAGACAAUUUGGCAAGGUGUACCAAGAAUACUGCGAAGCUAUGAGCACACUCUCCCUUAGGAUUAUGGAGCUUUUGGGGUUAACUCUAGGAGUGGGGAGAGCAUAUUUCAGAGAAUUCUUUGAAGGGAAUGAUUCCAUAAUGAGAUUGAACUACUAUCCUCCUUGCCAAAAACCUGAUUUAACUCUUGGAACUGGUCCUCACUGUGACCCAACUUCCUUGACGAUUCUUCAUCAAGAUGAAGUUGGUGGCCUCCAAGUUUUCGUUGAUGAAAAAUGGCAUUCUGUUCAUCCUGAUCCACAAGCUUUUGUUGUCAACAUCGGCGACACUUUCAUGGCUCUUUCAAAUGGCAUUUUCAAGAGUUGCUUGCACAGAGCAGUGGUAAAUAAUAGAACAGUAAGGAAGUCACUAGCUUUCUUUCUAUGUCCAAACAUGGAGAAGGUGGUGAAGCCGCCAAAGAAUUUGGUCGACUCCAAUAAUCCAAGGAUCUAUCCAGACUUUACAUGGCCAGCACUGCUAGAAUUCACCCAGAAAUAUUACAGGGCAGACAUGAAAACCCUAGAUGUAUUCGCAAACUGGCUGCAGCAAAAGAAGAGCUGAUUUUUUUUUUUUCUUUUUGGUUAGACCUAUGAAAGUACCAUUUCUAUGCUCAACAGCAGUGGAAAAGAUUUUCUAGUCGUGGUGGGUCUAUCGGGAAAAAGGCAACAGAAACACCAAAAACUAGGCCAGCUGGUUUGUGAUUAGGUGUUUAGUGUGUUAGUGUUGGAGAGAAUCAUAUCAAGUAAAGAAGCCAAUUAGGAAUAAAGAGUUUGAAUGUGCUCCAUAGCUUCUUUCUAUUUUAUUUUUAUUCUCUUUUUCUUAUUUAUGAAUGUACGCUUGUCUUUUGCCUCUAUGAUAUUUGCCACGACCAUUGCAUUGCAUGUAAAAUCAAUUAAGCCCUUGAUUAUAUGUCUAAUAUUACAUA